CACGUCGGUGGCACGUCGCCCCUCCCCCUGUCUGGAGCUGGAAAUGACAGUCAGCGGAGAGGCGGAGGAGGGUGAGGUCUGCGUCCGACACACGAGCCUGUGAGAGCGAGACCGUGGAUAGAAACGAAACCCAGCCACCACCGGGGGGGACACUCUGAAAACACCAAGUCUCACCUGGAUAUAGCCGCCUGAGGAGGCCGUGAAGGCUCAGCACAGAUCCCCGGAGGAGGGAGGCUUCUGUCCACGUGGUCCCGUCCACGGUGUCUGAGCACGGAGGACUGGGUGAAGGUGUCAUGGCCGCCCCGUUUACUGAGCUGCCCUCCUAGACUCCCCUGAUAUCUAGAUACACAUACGGUAGCCUUCCCACAAUCCACACACGCCCACGCCGAGGGAUGACGACCUCCCAUCUGAACGGCCAUGUCGCUGACGAGGGAGGAGGAGGAGGAGGAGGAGGAGGAGGAGGAGACGAAGAGCUGAGGGGAGGACAGCAGCACCGGGAGAUGGCCGUCGACUGUCCGGGAGAGCUGGGGAGUCGAACGCUGCCGGUCCGAAGGUCCGCACAGCUGGAGAGGAUACGACAGCACCAGGAGGAUCUCCGUCGUCGCAGAGAGGAGGAGGGUCGGCAGCUGGACCUGAACACCUCGCUCAGACUCAGAAAGCUCUCCCAGCAUCCCCACAUCGGCAUCGACAACCCCACAUUCCUGCAGGACUCGCAAACAUCGCAGCAGCCGCCGCUCGGCAGCCAGCACACACACGCACUGCUGGAGUUGGAGGAGUUGCUGCUGUCACUCAAGCAGGUCCGGGGCUGCCUGUCUGACCAGCAGAGUCAGAAUGACGUAGAGCUGGUUCUCGCACUACUUAACAAGUCUGACUUCCAGUCAGCGCUGAAGAUCCAUAAUGCAGUGGCCACCAGCAUGCACCGACCCUCUCCUCCGUACCCACACACACACCAGGCCCUCCAGCUGGCCAUGGAGACUAGGAGUCUCAUCCAGUCAAGUCAGAACAAAGAGGGCCUGGAGCUCCACAGCCUGCUGUCAGACACACACAUCCAGUCGUUGCUCCUGGCCCAUGACAGCAUAGCGGAGACGGAGAUGCAGCCUGAGCCGCUGCCCUCUGAAGGAGAGAUGCUGACCCAGUGGGGAGGAGAGACUGUGAAGAUAGUUCGCAUAGAGAAAGCCCAAGACAUACCACUGGGGGCGACUGUCCGUAAUGAGAUGGACAGCGUAGUGAUCAGCCGCAUCGUUCGAGGUGGAGCAGCUGAACGGAGUGGACUUCUAUCAGAAGGAGAUGAAAUCCUGGAGAUAAACGGCAUAGAGAUCAGAGGGAAAGAUGUCAACCAAGUCUUUGACAUUCUUGCGGACAUGCACGGCCUGCUGACCUUCGUGCUUAUUCCCAACAUUCAGAGCAAACCUCCUCCCGUCAAAGAGUCUGUGAUCCACGUGAAAGCCCAUUUUGACUACGACCCCUCAGAUGACCCCUACGUGCCGUGCAGAGAGCUGGGCUUGUCCUUCCAGAAAGGAGACAUCCUCCACAUCAUCAGCCAGUCCGAUCCCAACUGGUGGCAGGCGUACAGGGACGGAGACGAGGACAACCAGCCUCUAGCUGGACUGGUACCAGGGAAGAGUUUCCAGCAGCAAAGAGAAGCCAUGAAACAGACCAUAGAAGAAGACAAGGAGCCAGAGAAGUCUGGGAAGCUGUGGUGCGCGAAGAAGAACAAGAGGAAGAGAAAGAAGCUGCUGUACAACACUCACAGGAACGAUGACAUUGAUAACGAGGAGAUUCUCACCUAUGAGGAGAUGGCUCUGUACCACCAGCCGGCCAAUAGGAAGCGGCCCAUUGCACUGAUUGGUCCAACCAGCUGCGGGCAGGCGGAGCUCAGACAGAGACUGCUCAACAGCCAACCAGAACGCUUCGCUGGAGCUGUACCCCACACCACGCGGAGCCGUCGGGAUUGCGAGCUGAGUGGUCGAGAUUACCACUUUGUGUCUCGUCAGACCUUUGAGGCAGAACUGGCAGCAGGAAAGCUGAUCGAGUCCGGUGAGUUUGAGAAGAACCUGUACGGGACGAGUUCAGACUCAGUGAGACAAGUCAUCAACACUGGAAAGAUCUGUCUGCUCUGUCUGCACACACAGGCUCUUAAGGUGCUGCGGAGUUCUGACUUAAAGCCUUACAUCAUCUUCAUAGCUCCGCCCUCCCAGGAAAGACUCCGAGCCUUAUUGGCUAAAGACAACAAGAACCCAAAGCCCGAGGAGCUGCGGGACAUCAUUGAGAAAGCCCGGGAGAUGGAGCAGAGCUGCGGUCACCUGUUUGACGCCGUCAUCGUCAACACGGACCAGGACAAAGCCUUCAACGAGCUGCUACGACUCAUCAACAAGCUGGACACUGAACCACAGUGGGUGCCCUGCUCCUGGCUGCGCUGAGGACACACACAUUCACACACACACAAAUUAAAACAAUCGUACAGUCACAAUGGAGAACACGUUCACAGAGGUCCAACACAUCGGCCGGUGAGACGCUGCGUGAGAGUUACGGCGGAGUAUUAGGGCCACUGCUACGAGAGAACGAGUCUCUUGAGCGUUGAAAUGAUUUGAGAUGAAGUUGUAAUUUUAUGGAAAUAACGUCACAAUAUUACAACCAUAAGUUGUUACUUAACAACACAAUGUCACAAUAUUCAGAGAUUAAUUUGUCAUUUUAUGAAAAUCACAUCAAGAUAAUGUUGUUUAUUGAGAAAAGUCUUGAGAAUAGUAUGAGAUAAAUUUAAAAAAGAAAAUCUCAAAAUUACAUUUUAUGACUUGUUCUUGUCACAGCUUUCUUGUAAUUUGACUUUUUAAUGUAAAACUACAACUUCAUAAACUUAAAUAAACAUUAUAUUCUUGAUAUUAAAAUCUUCUUCCUCAGAACACUAUGACUUUAUUUCUUAGAUUUUACCCAUUAACAUUAUACAUUUAUUGUUGAAAUAUGACUUUUCUUGUAAUUCCAACUUUACUCCAUAGCAUCAUGACUUUUGUCCUCUGUUAUCAUUGACUCUAAUACUCCGUUGUACUGCAGAGAGUACAUAUAGUAGAAUGUAUUGACCCGUAGGCACCGUAAUGAACAACACAUGCCGUGUAUACGUUGUGUGUGUGGACUCUCCUCAGAGGGAGGAAACCUUUAACAAAGAGAACCUGGUUGGUGUCCGACUGGUCCUUAAAGUUCGUAUCCAGCCGUGACUUUUAUACGACACUCAUCUCUUUGUUAUCAUCACAAUUCUUAGUAAGACCAAAAUAUGGACCUGGAAAAAUGCCUUUUCCUUUUUUUUCUUCUUUUUUUCUAAGAGCUCUUAGUCAGAAAUGUGAGGCCUCGUUCAUUUUUCACCCUCUGCCUUUUAUUCUGUCGUCAUUUCAAACACUUAUGAUUCAAAAUAUUUAAAUCACCACAGUCAAAUUAUUUUAACCUUUUUGCAGUGCCGAGAAUCCGUGUUUAAAAAUUAGAUUUUGUGUUCAGUCUUCUUAGUUUUGAUAUUAAUAAGUCGGCCCCGAAGCACAGGCCGAGUACAGAAGAGGCUCCUGGUGAGUAAAUGUGAAGAAUCACACACUAAGAAACAUGGAAUACUAAACCAAUCCACGCUGAGCCGUUAUUGCUAUGAAGAACACUCACACACACCUCUGUAUGUACACACCAGAACAGUGCAUUAACCGCCGACUUUACCCAGAAGUCUCUCCAUUUACAGCCUGAAGCUGCAGCCUUCUUCACACUGACUGACAGUUGACUGACUGGUUUCUGACCGACUCUCCUGUUAAAAUACAAACUGUUGCAGUAAACACUAAAAUAAAAGGACACAGCACUUGAUUUUUCCUCUCUGACUGUUUUUUUUUUUUCUGACGUCUCGUCAGCUGACUCUUUCUGUCCGUCUGAUCACAUGUGAGCCUGAGCGGGUACAGAGAACGUGAAAGUUGUAGUUUUUUUUAGUCGUGAUGCUGAAGUUAUUAUAUAUUUAGUGUGUGUGUCUGUGAAUGUAUGUAUGUGUGUGUGUGUGCGCCUGUCUUUGAAGACAGCAAAGUAUUAUUAUGACCUGAAAUAGACCUGACAAAAUAUCACUGUAAUCACUGGCUAGAGCAUUUAUAUAUUUGUAAUAUUGAAAAAUAGGUUUAUGAAGUCCAGAAUGCACCAAUAGGAUUGCAGGUUUCACCUUUUGCCUCAACUGCCAUUGGUCCAGGAGGAGGAGGAGGGGGGGGCUAAACGGAAUUAACUGUAUUGAAUGUAAAGUUAAUUGAUACCACUUGUUGUUUAUCAGACAUCACUUCCUGAGUAAAUCUGCUUUUUGUAUGAAUAUUCACAACAAUUAAAUAAAUAAAUAGACGAU